CGCGCAGGCGCGCGGCGAGGCCGGGCGGGCCGGCUGGCUGGGAAGAUGGCGGCGGAAGCGCUGGCUGACGCCGCGGAGGAGCGGGCCCGGGGUGCUCGGGGUGCGCGGCCCAGGGCCGGCGCCGGGCCAUGAGCGCGCCGCUCUCAAGUCCCGGAGCCGCGGAGCCGGUCCGCGCCCCUCGGGCUGCCCCGCGCCCUUCGCCAUGGCGCGGCUCGCGGACUACUUCGUGCUGGUGGCGUUCGGGCCGCACCCGCGCGGGAGUGGGGAAGGCCAGGGCCAGAUUCUGCAGCGCUUCCCGGAGAAGGACUGGGAGGACAACCCUUUCCCACAGGGCAUUGAACUGUUUUGCCAGCCUAGUGGGUGGCAGUUAUGUCCUGAGAGGAAUCCACCGACCUUCUUUGUUGCUGUCCUCACUGACAUCAACUCUGAGCGGCACUACUGCGCCUGCUUGACCUUCUGGGAGCCAGCAGAGCCCACACAGGAAGCAGUAUGCCCUGAGAAUGCUACAGAGAGGGAAGAGGAGGCUGACGAGGGAGGCCAGGCACGACUGUCGCCUACAGCACCAGCCCCGCCUAGCCAGCUCUUUGCUCCCAAGACUCUAGUGCUGGUGUCACGACUGGACCACACAGAAGUGUUCAGGAAUAGCCUCGGUCUCAUCUAUGCCAUCCACGUGGAGGGCCUGAAUGUGUGCUUGGAGAAUGUUAUUGGGAACCUGUUGACAUGCACUGUCCCCUUGGCUGGGGGUUCACAGAGAACCAUUUCUUUGGGUGCUGGUGACCGGCAAGUCAUCCAGACCCCACUGGCAGACUCACUGCCUGUCAGUCGCUGCAGCGUGGCCCUGCUCUUCCGCCAGCUCGGUAUCACCAACGUGCUGUCUUUGUUCUGUGCUGCCCUCACGGAGCACAAAGUCCUUUUCCUGUCCCGGAGCUACCAACGGCUUGCAGAUGCUUGCAGGGGUCUUCUAGCACUGUUGUUCCCUCUUAGAUACAGCUUCACCUAUGUACCCAUCUUGCCGGCGCAGCUGCUGGAGGUCCUCAGCACACCCACACCCUUCAUCAUUGGAGUCAAUGCAGCCUUCCAGGCAGAGACCCAGGAGCUGCUGGAUGUGAUUAUUGCUGAUCUUGAUGGAGGGACGGUGACUGUCCCUGAGUGUGUGCACAUUCCACCUCUUCCAGAGCCACUGCAGAGCCAGACCCACAGUGUUUUGAGCAUGGUCCUGGAUCCAGAGCUGGAGUUGGCUGACCUUGCCUUUCCCCCUGCCACAUCAUCGACUUCCUCCCUGAAGAUGCAGGACAAGGAGCUGCGUGCUGUCUUUCUUCGGCUCUUUGCUCAGCUCCUGCAGGGCUACCGCUGGUGCCUGCACAUUGUCCGCAUCCAUCCAGAGCCCGUCAUCCGCUUCCACAAGGCAGCCUUCUUGGGCCAGCGUGGGCUGGUGGAGGAUGAUUUCCUGAUGAAGGUACUGGAGGGCAUGGCCUUUGCAGGCUUUGUGUCAGAACGUGGGGUCCCCUACCGCCCCACAGACCUGUUUGAUGAGCUGGUGGCCCAUGAGGUAGCACGGAUUCGUGCAGAUGAGAACCACCCCCAGCGUAUUCUGCGUCACGUCCAGGAACUGGCAGAGCAGCUCUAUAAGAAUGAGAACCCAUACCCAGCUGUGGCAAUGCACAAAGUACAAAGGCCAGGUGAGGCUAGUCACUUGCGACGGGCACCCCGGCCUUUCCCCCGACUGGAUGAGGGCACUGUGCAGUGGAUUGUAGACCAAGCUGCAGCCAAGAUGCAGGGAGCACCCCCAGCCGUAAAGGCAGAGAGGAAGACCACUGUGCCCUCUGGGCCUCCCAUGACGGCCAUACUUGAGCGGUGUAGCGGGCCACACGUCAACAGUGCCCGCCGGCUGGAGGUGGUUCGGAACUGCAUCUCCUAUGUGUUUGAGGGGAAGAUGCUUGAGGCCAAGAAGCUGCUCCCAGCGGUGCUCAGGGCCCUGAAGGGGCGAGCUGCCCGCUGCUGCCUUGCUCAGGAGCUCCAUCUGCAUGUGCAGCAGAACCGAGCAGUCUUGGACCACCAGCAGUUUGACUUUGUUGUCCGCAUGAUGAAUUGCUGCCUGCAGGACUGUACUUCUCUGGAUGAGCAUGGCAUCGCAGCUGCCCUGCUGCCCCUGGUCACAGCCUUCUGCCGCAAGCUGAGCCCAGGAGUGACACAGUUUGCGUAUAGCUGUGUGCAGGAGCACGUAGUGUGGAGUACACCACAGUUCUGGGAGGCCAUGUUCUAUGGGGAUGUGCAAACCCACAUCCGGGCCCUCUACCUGGAGACCUCUGAGGACUUGGGAAGCCCCUCCCAGGAGGUUGGUGAAGUACAGUCUCAGGAGGAUGAACGUUCUGCCUUGGAUGUGGCUUCAGAGCAGCGGCGCCUGUGGCCAACCCUGAGCCGUGAGAAGCAACAGGAACUGGUGCAGAAGGAGGAGAGCACAGUCUUCAGUCAGGCCAUCCACUAUGCCAAUCGCAUGAGUUACCUCUUGCUGCCUCUGGACAGUAGCAAAAGCCGCCUUCUUCGGGAACGUGCAGGGCUAGGAGACCUGGAGAGUGCCAGCAAUAGCCUGGUCACCAACAGCAUGGCAGGUAGUAUGGCUGAGAGCUAUGACACAGAAAGUGGCUUUGAAGAUGCAGAAACUUGUGAUGUGGCUGGGGCUGUGGUUCGUUUCAUCAACCGCUUUGUGGACAAGGUCUGCACAGAGAGUGGGGUCACCAGCGACCACCUCAAAGGGCUGCAUGUCAUGGUACCAGACAUUGUCCAGAUGCACAUCGAAACCCUGGAGGCUGUGCACCGUGAAAGUAAGAGGUUGCCCCCUAUCCAGAAGCCCAAGCUGCUGCGGCCACGCCUGUUGCCUGGGGAGGAGUGUGUCUUGGAUGGCCUGCGAGUCUACCUGCUGCCAGAUGGGCGUGAGGAGGGGGCAGGGGGCAGUGGUGGGGGUCCUGCACUGCUACCAGCCGAAGGCGCUGUGUUCCUUACCACGUACCGGGUCAUCUUCACGGGGAUGCCUACUGAUCCCUUAGUGGGGGAGCAGGUGGUGGUCCGCUCCUUCCCUGUGGCUGCACUGACCAAGGAGAAGCGCCUCAGUGUCCAGACCCCUGUAGACCAGCUUCUCCAAGAUGGACUGCAGCUGCGGUCCUGCACAUUCCAGCUGCUGAAAAUGGCCUUUGAUGAGGAGGUGGGGUCUGAUAGUGCUGAGCUCUUCCGCAAACAGCUGCAUAAGCUCCGGUACCCUCCAGACAUCCGGGGCACCUUUGCACUCACCCUGGGCUCCACCCACACACCUGGCCGGCCAUCACGGGCUGCCAAAGACAAAGGUCCUUCUCUCAGAACCCUGUCCCGGAACCUGGUGAAAAAUGCCAAGAAGACCAUUGGGCGGCAGUAUGUUACUCGGAAGAAAUAUAACCCCCCCAGCUGGGAGCACCGGGGCCAGCCACCCCCUGAGGACCAGGAGGAUGAGAUCUCCGUGUCGGAGGAGUUGGAACCCAGCACGCUGACCCCAUCCUCAGCCUUGAAGCCCUCAGACCGUAUGACUAUGAGCAGCCUGGUGGAGCGGGCAUGUUGCCGUGACUACCAACGCCUUGGACUGGGCACCCUGAGCAACAGCCUUAGCCGAGCCAAGUCUGAGCCCUUUCGCAUCUCCCCUGUCAAUCGCAUGUAUGCCAUCUGUCGCAGCUAUCCAGGCUUGCUGAUCGUUCCCCAGAGCAUCCAGGACAAUGCUCUACAACGUGUGUCCCGCUGCUAUCGCCAGAACCGCUUCCCUGUGGUCUGCUGGCGCAGUGGGCGCUCCAAGGCCGUGCUGCUGCGCUCCGGGGGCCUGCAUGGCAAGGGUGUUGUUGGCCUCUUCAAGGCCCAGAAUGCACCUUCUCCAGGCCAGUCCCAGGCAGACUCCAGCAGCUUGGAGCAGGAGAAGUACCUGCAGGCUGUGGUCAGCUCUAUGCCCCGCUAUGCUGAUUCAUCAGGACGAAACACACUCAGUGGCUUUUCCUCAGCUCACAUGAGUAGCCAUGUGCCCAGCCCCAGAGCCAGGGUCACCACGCUGUCCAACCCCAUGGCGGCCUCGGCCUCCAGACGGAUUGCGCCCCGAGGGAAGUGGGGCAGUGUUCGGGCCAGUGGGCGCAGCAGUGGGCUUGGCACGGAUGUGGGCUCCCGGCUAGCUGGCAGAGAUGUCCUGAGUCCCCCGCAGGCCAACGGGGCCCCCCCUGAUCCAGGUUUCCUGCGGCCUCAUCGUGCAGCCCUAUAUAUCAUUGGGGACAAAGCACAGCUCAAGGGUGUGCGACCAGAUCCCCUGCAGCAGUGGGAGCUUGUACCCAUUGAGGUGUUCGAGGUCAGGCAGGUGAAGGCCAGCUUCAAGAAACUGCUGAAGGCCUGUGUUCCCGGCUGCCCUGCUGCUGAGCCCAGCUCAGCCUCCUUCCUACGCUCACUGGAGGAGUCCGAGUGGCUGACCCAGAUCCAUAAGCUGCUGCAGAUCUCGGUGCUGGUGGUGGAGCUUCUGGACUCGGGCUCCUCUGUCCUGGUGAGCCUUGAGGACGGCUGGGACAUCACCACGCAGGUGGUGUCCUUGGUGCAGCUGCUCUCAGACCCCUUCUACCGCACCCUGGAGGGCUUCCGCUUGCUGGUGGAGAAGGAGUGGCUGUCCUUCGGCCACCGCUUCAGCCAUCGUGGGGCCCACACCCUGACUGGCCAAAGUAGCGGCUUCACACCUGUAUUUCUGCAGUUCCUGGAUUGUGUAUACCAGGUCCACCUACAGUUCCCCAUGGAGUUUGAGUUCAGCCAGUUCUACCUCAAGUUCCUCGGUUACCACCAUGCAUCCCGCCGUUUCCGAACCUUCUUGCUGGACUCUGACUAUGAGCGCAUUGAGCUGGGGCUGCUGUACGAGGAGAAGGGUGAGCGCAGGGGCCAGCUGGCAUGCAGGUCUGUCUGGGAGUAUGUGGACCGGCUGAGUAAGAGGACCCCUGUGUUCUAUAACUACACGUAUGCGCCUGAGGACACCGAGGUCCUGCGGCCCUACAGCAACGUGUCAAACCUGAAGGUGUGGGAUUUCUACACUGAGGAGACACUGGCUGAGGGCCCUCCCUACGACUGGGAGCUGGCCCAGGGGCCCCCUGAGCCCCCAGAAGAGGAACGGCCUGAUGGAGGUGCUCCCCAGAGUAGGCGCCGAGUGGUAUGGCCCUGCUAUGACAGCCGCCCCCGAGUCCAGCCAGAUGCCAUCUCACGCCUGCUUGAGGAGCUUCAGCGGCUGGAAACAGAGCUGGGUCGACCUCCUGAGCGCUGGAAGGACACCUGGGACCGAGUGAAGGCUGCUCAGCGCCUUGAAGGCCGGCCAGAUGGACAUGGCACUACCAGCUCCCUACUAGUAUCCAGUGUGCCCCACCAUCGCCGUUCGCUGGGCGUGUACCUACAGGAGGGGCCUGUGGGCUCCACCUUGAGCCUCAGCUUGGACAGCGACCAGAGCAGUGGCUCAACCACAUCCAGCUCCCGCCAGGCUGCCCGCCGAAGCACCAGCACGCUGUAUAGCCAGUUCCAGACAGCUGAGAGCGAGAACAGGUCCUAUGAGGGCACCUUGUAUAAGAAGGGGGCCUUCAUGAAGCCCUGGAAGGCCCGCUGGUUUGUGCUUGACAAGACGAAGCACCAGCUGCGUUACUAUGACCAUCGAGUGGACACAGAGUGCAAGGGUGUGAUUGACCUGGCAGAGGUAGAGGCUGUGGCACCCGGUACUCCAACCAUGGGUGCCCCAAAGACUGUGGACGAGAAAGCCUUCUUUGAUGUAAAGACAACGCGUCGAGUUUACAACUUCUGUGCCCAGGAUGUGCCCUCAGCCCAGCAGUGGGUGGACCGGAUCCAGAGCUGCCUGUCAGAUGCCUGACCCUCCCAGCCCUGCCCAGGCUGCUCUGCUUCCAGUCGUCAUAGACCACUUAGGGGUGGGCAGGGCCGCCCCGGCCAUGUUUACAGCCCCGGCCCUCGACAGUAUUGAGGCCCUGAGCCCCCAGCACUUGUGUGUACAGCCCCUGCCCUGCCUGGCCAGCUCUAACUUAUUGUUGUGUCAUGGCUGAGCGCUGAGCUGGGAUGCGGCCAUGGUACAGCCCUGUGAUGGGCCUGUAAAUAGUCUAUCCCGCCCGGGUGUGCUAGCCCCGGCUGGCUGGCGGCGAUGAGCUGUUUCUAGAACCAGAAUCUAUAUAAAGAGAGAACUAACGACA